AACGGUGAGAACGCGACCCUAAAGCUCGAGCUUCUGCUAUCAAUGGCGGAGAGCGCUGAUUAUGGGCUCAAGUGCAUCGUGAAACUCGGUGGUGCUGCAAUUACUCACAAACAUGAAUUUGAGGAGAGAAACAAUGAAAAUCUGAGUCUAGUUGCCUCACAAUUGAGAGAAGCAAUAAUGGGUUCUUCAUGGCAUGGGCACGGGAUGGAUUGGAGCAAACGUAUUGAAAAUAACCACAAAGAUUUUGCACAUGAAUUUGGGGAUCAAAAAAUAGAUUCAAGUGCCUUCGUUGUGGUUCAUGGAGCAGGAUCAUUUGGGCACUUCCAGGCAAGUAGGUCUGGGGUUCACAAGGGAGGGCUUCACUUGCCCCUUGUGAGGGCUGGUUUCGUGGCCACGCGCAUCUCUGUGACAUCACUCAAUCUUGAAAUUGUUAGAGCACUUGCAAGUGAAGGUAUUCCAUCUGUUGGGAUGUCUCCAUUUGCCUGUGGAUGGUCAACUGCUGGAAGAAAUUUUACAGAUGCAAAUAUUUCCCAGGUGGCAAACGCUAUUGAUUCCGGUUUAAUCCCUGUUUUACAUGGUGAUGUAGUGCUUGAUAACUCACAGUAUGGCUUAUUUGUGCAGGGAUGCACCAUUCUAAGUGGAGAUGUCAUCAUUCGCUAUCUUGCACAACAAUUAAGACCUCACUAUGUUGUGUUUCUUACAGAUGUUCUUGGAGUUUAUGACCGCCCUCCAUCAGAUCCUAAUGCUAUACUUUUAAGAGAGAUAGCUGUUGAUGAAGAUGGUAGUUGGUCAAUUGUCAAACCUAUGCUACCACACAUGAACAAACAAGUUAAAAUCACGGUGGGAGCCCAUGACACAACUGGUGGAAUGAUGACCAAGAUAACGGAGGCCGCAACGAUUGCAAAACUUGGAAUUGAUGUCUAUAUUGUGAAGGCUGGCACAGAUCACUCGUUGAAAGCUCUAAAGGGUGAAGUGAGCAACAUCUCUAAUGAGUGGUUGGGAACAAUGGUCAGAUCCUCCUCAAAAUGCAUACAUUCAGAUGUUUAAGCCUUGGCUCAUUGGUGAUGGAAUUAGGUAUUCAUUUAUGAAAUGAUGGAACUAGUUAUUCCUAUAUGAAAUGUGUCCCAUAUGCAAGAAACCACUUAAAAGGUGGUGCAAUGGGGGACAUUCUCUCUCUCUCUGUCCAUCUACAUCUUGACUUGCUAGUAUCAGGUCACAUCACGCCUUAUUAUACUGAAAAAAUGAUAAUUAGAUGGAAGUAUUGAUUAGAUCAAAGUAUGUAUCACACUCUACAUCUCAUCAAUUAGGGGCUGUAAGAUUAAAAAUAUAUGCAUAAGCAAUUAAGGCGAUUUUUCUA